AUGAAGAGCGUGAAGAAGAAGCUGUAUGUGCUCAUGGACGUGUUGUGCGUCCUCGUCGCGGCACUGCCCUUCAUCAUCAUGACCAUCGUCUUCAAACCUUACCAAAGAGGCGUGUACUGCGACGACGAGAGCAUCAAGUACCCGCUCAAAGCCGACACCAUAAGCCACAGCAUGUUGGCUGCUGUCACCAUCUCCUGCACUGUCGUCAUUAUCUCAUCCGGGGAGGCGUAUUUGGUGUACAGCAAGCGAAUUUACUCCAAUUCCGACUUCAACCAAUACGUGGCCGCACUCUACAAGGUGGUGGGCACGUUCCUGUUUGGCGCCGCGGUCAGCCAGUCGCUGACUGACCUGGCCAAGUUCACCAUCGGUCGGCCAAGGCCAAACUUUAUGGCCGUGUGCGCGCCUAAAGUGUGCACGGGCUACAUGCAAGUGAUCAACUGUACGGGCAAUCCACAGGACGUCACAGAGUCCAGGUUGUCCUUCUACUCGGGUCACUCAUCUUUCGGCAUGUACUGCAUGCUCUUCCUGGCGCUGUACGUGCAGGCCCGGCUAGUGGCCAAGUGGGCGCGCCUCCUUCGCCCCACCAUCCAAUUCUUCCUGGUGGCCUUCGCCGUUUACGUGGGCUACACGCGCGUCUCUGAUUACAAGCACCACUGGAGCGACGUGCUGGUGGGGCUGCUGCAGGGGGCGCUCAUUGCCGUGCUUAACGUCCGCUUCGUGUCCGACUUCUUCAAAAAGCGUCCCCCGCGCCGCGUCAAGCCCGAACGUGUCGACAGCGACGAGACGGAGAGGAAGCCCAGCCUUCAAUUCGUCGACUCUGAGCACGGCAACCAUUACAACUGUCACCCAGUUUGA